AAACAACAAUAAAAACUGUGUACGUAGCUAGCUAGCUAACCUGCAAGAAAUACAAUACGAGUAAAAGACAAAAAGACGCCCAGUCGCUCGGCCGUUGCUAGAGACUCCAAGAGUGGAACCAUGGAUGUAGUGCGGUUAUUUACAAACCUACUAGCAGUGCACAGACAGCAGCUACAGGCUCUGGCUGUACAGGGGGAGAUCCAGACUGAGGCUCUGGCACAGUUACUGGAGAAGGAGGAGCUCAGGAGAAUGGAGCCAGAUGUGAAGCUGGAGGAGGUGAAGGAUCCUGAGGCCUACCUGCUGCUUUUGGAGGAGGCAGACUCCAACUCCAGGCUUUCUAAUGUGAAGUGGGGGCUCCUUGGUGGGGAGUGCCUCAGGUCAGGAGAGCCAAACUACGAGACACUGAGGGCUAGCCUGCAGAGCCAAGUCAGGGCAGAAGAGAGCCGACGGCAGGAGGACUUCAGCUAUCUGAGGUACGACCCUGAGAGAGGGCCCAGGGAGUUGGGGCAGGGACUGGAAAGUGCUGCCCAGCACUGGCUUCGGCCUGAGAGGAGAACGGCUGUGGAGGUGGUGAGGUGUGUGGCCCUGCAGAGGUUUGUGUCACUCCUGCCCACACACGUUGGAGACUGUGUGCUAAAACAGUGCCCCCAGGACAUGGAGGAGGCUAUCUACAUGGCUGAGGAGUACCUGAACAACACACCUGGGGAUAAGUGCAGUGAGAUGGACAACCACACUGAUGGAGAGGGAUACCCUGCAGACCAACUGAGAGAGGAAGAAGCAGGACCUGCAGAACAUCAAGUUAACAGUGAGAAGAUGAAAGUCACAGGACCAGGGUUGUUUCUGAAGAGGAUAGAAUUUUCUAAAGUCUGUCAGUCCAGUACUUUCAAUAUAGAUGCCAGACAUCUGGAGGACAUUUACAGUGAGGAGAGGAGACUUGAUGGAGAAGAUGAUUUGGUUGAGGAAGACAAUUUUUCUGAACAUGAGGACUGGAUUAAGGAGGAGAUAAAAUACAAUAACCAGGCUGAGGUAGAGGAUGAGAUCAGGUCAGCCUCUGAGAUGGGACAGUCUACUGAUGUGGAUAGAAAUACUGAGAAUGUUGAGAGAAGUCAGUUUAGAAACAUAGCAAAUCAGAUGCCCGUCUUUGGAAGGGCCAACCGAGGUGUAUCUGCUCCUGUCAUCUCCUCGUCCAGCCCUAACACCGCCGAGAAAGAGGGAGGAACACCCUGCUGCCUGAAGCGGAAAAACAAAGAAGAUCCCUUCCAUAGACCAAGCCACUGCUGUCAUGACUGUGGUAAGAGCUACAAACGGGCUGCUUUUCUCAGCAAACACAGUUGCAGUGCCUUCCCUAAGUUCAUCUGUCCUGACUGUGCCCAAGUCUUUGCCUCUCAGAAAUGCCUGACCCACCACCGCAGGAGCCAUAAUAAGGCUCUAGGCUGCUCGGAGUGUGGAAAGCAGUUUAGGGACAAGUAUAAUCUGAAAUGUCACAUGAGGACCCACACAGGUGAGUCCCCUUAUACCUGUACAGACUGCGGGGAUGUCUUUGCUCAGCUGAAAGGGCUGCAGGAGCACAGGUACAUCCACACAGAAGAAAGGCCAUUCCGCUGCAGUGUGUGUGGGGAGGGCUUCCACCACAGCCACACCCUAACAAAACAUAAGCUUCUUCACUCCCAGGAGUCUUUCCUCUGUACUCGCUGUGGAAAGAGUUUUAAACUAAAUGACGACUUGCUAAGGCAUCUGAGGACGGUGCAUGAUGAAAGCAUGUACCUCAAUGGAGAUCAGAGUUUUCAUAAGAAUGGAGACAUUUCACCUAGGCCCUAUUGGAAUUGACUCUAUUUAAAAAAGUCCCCACUUAAAAUGUUCAACAUACUUCUUAUUAUUGGUGAGACUUGCGACGCUAACGUCCCAGUUUAAAUCUUCGUCAUAAUAAUUAUUAUUAGUGGGGCUUGUGAAGCAGUCUCUUACAUUGUUUAAGCUAGAAACAUCAUUCAAACUUUAAAACGUGCAGAACAGUCAAGAUCAGUGUGCUUGCAUUCAACUUUUUGAUAUAUUUUAUUAUUUUUAAACCAUUAAGCUUUUUUGUCCUUUUUCACUUUCAUGUGAUUUCUUCAACAUUCUAAAUGUCCCAUUGUGACAUCAACUCCCAGACCUCCAGCAUUCCAUUUACUGUGAACAAUGAAACUUUUGACACAAACCUGAUGCCACUUUCUCAACCAUUUUGACAAAAAGUUAGAGCAUAGGAAAUCUUCCUCUACUUUGCUAUUCAAAUCUGAAAUUGGAACAAAAAUAUCAUACCGAUCAAACAAUA